UUUUUCUCUCUCUCUCUCUCUCUCUCUGUUCAUUUGCCAGCACUGGAACUUUGGCUCUCUCUGUCAUUUUGUUUAAUCACUGCUAUCUCAUUUCCUUCGUCUAAUAAUCUGUUUCUGCAGGAUUUUGCUCUGUGCUUUACUUUGUAUUGAUUUGCGCUGUUCUUUAUACUGUUUCCUAUUCUUUUCGGUUUUUGUUCUUGUUUUCUUCUCCUAACCAUGGAUGCAGGAUCUUUGAGUUCUUCUGGAACCCUCAAGACCCGAUCACGCUAUCCUCUUCAAGAACAAUUUAUUCAAAGAAAGAGUUCCAAAGAAAAUUUGGACAGAUUCAUACCAAAUCGGUCGGCAAUGGACUUUGAUUAUGCUCACUAUAUGCUUACAGAGGGGAAUAAAGGUAAGGAAAAUCCAGUUGGGAGUUCUCCAUCUCGAGAAGCCUACAGGAAGCAGCUUGCAGAAUCCUUAAACAUGAAUCGGACGCGAAUUCUCGCCUUCAAGAAUAAGCCACCUGCACCAGUUGACUUAAUUCCCCACGAGCUAUCCAAUCUUGUCCAGGAUAAUAAUAGAUCAAUCAAGCCCCGGAGAUUUAUUCCUCAGACUUCUGAGAGAACUUUGGAUGCUCCGGAUCUUGUGGAUGACUAUUAUCUCAAUUUGCUGGACUGGGGUAGCGGCAAUGUGCUUGCCAUAGCACUGGGAAGCACAGUGUACUUGUGGGAUGCAACAACUGGUUCUACUUCGGAACUUGUAACAGUUGAAGACGAAGACGGCCCUGUAACAUCUGUUAGCUGGGCUCCGGAUGGGAGACAUAUUGCAGUUGGUUUGAACAAUUCUGAAGUGCAACUAUGGGAUACAACUUCAAAUAGACAGUUGAGAACUUUGAGAGGUGGACACAGACAAAGAGUUGGAUCUUUGGCAUGGAAUAACCACGUACUCACAACUGGUGGCAUGGAUGGUAGAAUUAUUAACAAUGAUGUAAGAAUCAGAUCACAUAUUGUUGAAACCUAUGCUGGGCAUGAGCAAGAGGUUUGUGGGUUGAAGUGGUCUGGUUCAGGUUCACAAUUAGCCAGUGGGGGGAAUGAUAAUUUACUUUACAUCUGGGAUAGAGCCACUGCAUCGUCUAAUUCCACAACACAGUGGCUUCACAGGCUUGAUGAUCAUACAUCUGCUGUAAAAGCCCUUGCUUGGUGUCCCUUCCAAGGGAAUCUCUUAGCUACAGGUGGAGGCAGUGGUGAUCGGUGCAUCAAGUUUUGGAAUACCCACACAGGUGCAUGCUUGAACUCAGUUGACACUGGGUCUCAGGUAUGCUCCCUGCUGUGGAACAAGAACGAGAGGGAGUUACUCAGCUCUCAUGGUUUCACCCAGAAUCAGCUAACCCUUUGGAAAUACCCCUCAAUGGUCAAGAUGGCUGAGCUCAAUGGUCAUACUUCCCGAGUUCUUUUCAUGGCCCAGAGUCCAGAUGGCUGUACAGUAGCAUCCGCAGCUGCUGAUGAAACAUUGAGAUUCUGGAAUGUGUUUGGAGCACCAGAAGCAGCAUCUAAGGCCGCACCCAAAGUCAGAGCUGAGCCAUUUUCAAAUGUGAAUCGCAUACGAUAAGCACUUGACGGAAUUAAUUGCACUUAUGUACAUACCUCCUAAAUUUUGUUACGUAAUUGCUGGCAUCUGGAAUAGUUUGUUGUAUCUAAGAGAGUGAAUAAACAGUGUCAGGCAAUUACUUUAGGGGAGAGACAAUAAUGAAGAGAGUGAGUGUUUGGGGUUUCCAUAUGUACAUUAUUGUAACAUACAAUCAGUGGAAAAAACACUACUUUUCCCCGUGGACGUAGUCACAAACACGUGACGAACCACGUAUAUCGUUCUUCAUGC